AUGGAAGAUUGGAAUAAAAAAGUUAAAUUAGUACGCAUAUUAAAUGAUGAUCAAGAAUCGAAAUUUGCUGCUAUUGAAGGUGAAGUUGAAGGAACGGAAGGUGAAAAACAAUCAGCUGUAUUAGUUUUUGAAAAAACACCAUUCCAUUUUGAUGAAGUUGUUAAAUUAAUGAACGAUGAUCAACAACAAUUUAAAGUAGAUUUUAUUAAUGAUAUCUAUCAUAAAUAUACAGUUGAAGCACGAUCAGCAUGUAAUGAUAUUAAAUUGGCAUUUAUUCAUCCUGCAACGCCAUUACAUAUUAAAAAGUACUCUCGAAAACAGAGUUGUCUUAUUAGUGAAACCAGUGAACGCUAUCAAACAAUCGUUCGGCCAUAUAUUGAACAAAAUCAACUUAAUUCUCAAUGGGUUUAUAAUAUAAUUGAUGGUAAAUCAGAACGUGAACGAAUUUUAUUAGAAACUGAUCAGUUUCUUCUAUUACCUGAUAUAAUGUGGGAUGGAAAAUCUAUGGAUUCAUUACAUUUAUUAGUUCUUGUUAAAUCACAUGGUAUACAUAGUAUACGAGAUUUAAAACCUGAACAUAUACCAUUGCUCGAAUCUUUACUUGAAAAAACAUUGGAUUUCAUUUCAACAAAAUAUGGCAUAGCAAAAAAUGUUAUUCGUGCUUUUUUUCAUUAUCCACCAACAUUUUAUCAUUUACAUGUUCAUUUUACAACAAUACACAAUCGUGCAUGCGGUUGUGAAGUUGAACGAGCCCAUCUCGUACAGGAUGUUAUGGACCAUUUAGCAUUAAAACCUGAUUAUUAUCAAACCAAAACAUUAUAUUAUAAAAUUCCUGUGAAUGAUAAGCUCUAUCAGCUUUUAGAAGAAAGUGAACAAACAAAAAAUAAGGAAGCAUAA